CCAAGGCAAGGCUUCAGUGAAGUAUAAAGGGAAUAACAUGGUGUCCCAGUGGCUGUUUAUGUUUACUUAAAGAAGAGAUUUGAAAGGGCGUUCAGCAGGACACAACGGACUCUUCUGUACAGCAAAGACUUUCUUUUUUUUUUGCACUUUUUAUGUUAAGAUUUACAAGGCCACUGGCAUGUAAAUCUUCAUAUUUCACUAAUGUGCCAGUCUUACAAAUGGAAAGGGGGCUUCACUUUGGAAACGUGAGCAUUUCCCUGGUGCUCCUGCUGCUGUUGCUGAAAGCCCUCAUCGGAUUCGGGAUCUCGCAAACUCCGGGCUCCGAGCCGCUGUCCGCCACCCGGGGUUCAAGUCCGACCUCGGGCGAAGAUGGUGCAAGAGUCAUCAUGAAGCUGGGCUUGGAGAACCUGGGCGCCCCGGUGCUGUACGGAGACGUUACUGUGGAGGACGACGACAACGGGUCGGCGGGAGAAGCGGACGAGUCAUAUGGAGAAAGUGACGGAAACAUCCAACCGACGAGGUCUCUUGUGAUCAUCAGCACUCUGGAUGGGAGGAUUUCAGCUCUGGAUCCUCACAACCAGGGCAGGAAGCAGUGGGACCUAGAUGUCGGAUCAGGGUGCCUGGUGUCCUCGAGCCUCAGCAAACCUGAGGUGUUUGGCGAUAAGAUGGUCAUUCCUUCACUGGAUGGUGCCUUGUUCCAGUGGAACCGGGACAGGGAGAGUAUGGAGGCAGUGCCUUUCAGUGUCGAGUCUCUGCUGGAGUCCUCCUACCGAAUCGGGGAGGACACAGUUUUGGUUGGGGGCAAAUCCCUCACCACCUAUGGCCUUGGGGCGUACAGUGGCAAGCUUCGGUACAUCUGCUCGGCGGUGGGCUGCAGUCGCUGGGGCGAUGACGAGAUGGAGGCAGAAGAUGUGCUCCUGCUGCAGAGGACUCAGAAGACGGUGCGAGCCAUCAGGCCGCGAUCGGGGAUGGAGAAGUGGAACUUCAGUGUUGGAAACUAUGAGCUGAAGUUCGUUUCUGAGAUGCAGUCGGGAAUUAACUUCCUGGAGGGAGUUGCGAAAGGCGAAGCCUGGAGGGAGAGUCAGCGGGUCAUCGUCGAUGAGCCAAAGGACAGCGAGAGCACAGAGAAGCAGCCAAAGCACAAGAAGAAGAAUCUGGACCUGGUCAUCAAAGUGUCUGUUCCUGAUUGGAAGGUCAUGGCGUUCAGCAGUGAGUCUGAGGGGCAGCUGGUCUGGGAACGUCAGUUCUGCACCCCAAUCGCUUCGGCUUGGCUUGUGGGCGGAGGUAAAGUCACACCGAUCACUCUGUUUGACGACAACGCCUACAGCAACCAGUCAGAAACGGAUGAUGAGGACGGUGAUAAAGACGAUCCAAAGAAGGCCAGAGGAGCUGCAGAGUCCAGCGUUUACCUCGGGAUGUUCCAGGGACAGCUCUACCUCCAGUCCUCGGUGAGAAUCACCGAAAAGUUCCCCACCAAAGCUAUUGGAUCAGAAAAGGACAUCAUCCCUCUCCCCACUGUCAAAUGGAAGCCUAUAAUCCAUUCCCCGUCUCGGACACCCGCCCUGGUUGGCUCUGAUGAAUUCGACAAGUGUCUGAAUAAUGACAAAUUCUCCCAUGAAGAGUACAGCAACGGAGCGCUGUCCAUCCUCCAGUAUCCAUACGACAACGGCUACUACUUCCCCUACAGCAAGCGUUACCGGGAGAAGCGAGACAGCGCCGUGAGCCUCAUCAGUGGAAACGGUGCCGGAGGUGAGACUCGCAGGAAGAAGGACCCCGUGCUGCUCCUGCCCUGGUGGAAGGAGAUCCUGGGCACCAUCUUCUUCUGCAUCGCCGCCACCACCUACAUCGUCCGCAAGUUCUUCCACCCCCCGGCCCCUGUGACAUACGUGAGGCAACGAAAAGAGUCGGAGACCCAGUGCCAGACGGACUGCAAGUUUGACCUUGAGGUUGUUGAAUCCAAAGAGCCAGUUGCUAUGGAGACCCGCUCCAGCGACUAUGUGUCCAGGUACCUGACCGACUUUGAGCCCGUGCAGUGCCUCGGCCGCGGGGGCUUCGGCGUCGUGUUUGAAGCCCGCAACCAAGUGGACGACUGCAACUACGCCAUCAAACGGAUCCGCCUGCCCAACAGGGAGCUGGCCCGGGAGAAGGUGAUGCGAGAGGUGAAAGCUCUGGCCAAGCUGGAGCACCCGGGGAUCAUCCGCUACUUCAACGCCUGGCAGGAGAGCCCGCCCGAGGGCUGGCAGGAGGAGAUGGACCAGAGGUGGCUAAAAGACGCCAGUACCACCGACUGGCCAAUGAGCUUCCUGGACCACAUGGAGGCGCUGUCAGUCAAAGUCCCAGUGUCCAGCUCAGUGUCCCCUGUCCCUGGUCCCGCAGGAGACGCUCUGGAGGUCUCCGUGGACACACAGGCUCUCCUCUCCAGCAGCACUGAGGGCGCUGCAGGAUUUGGUGUCGACAUCAGAGACCUGUCCUUCCAGCCGAUGUUGGGCCACGACAGCCUGAUGUCCGAGCGGGACAGCCAGGACCCCGACGCCUCAGACACCCCCCACUUUGAGCUGUGUCCUCCACGCGGGCCCAGCGACUGCACCUCGUCCUCCUUCGACAUCGUGUUCGAGGACUCGGGCUGCGACCGGGACGUCGACGCGGACUCGGAUUCCGCUUCCAGUGCAGCCAGUCCGAGCACGACGACGGAGAAGAACAGCUUGUCUUCCUUGCACACCAGACGGCUGGAGUCCGUCCCGCCCUCCUCUUCCUCUCCCCCUCGGCCGACCUCGCUCGCCCUGGCUCUCCCAACAACUCCCGCGACACAGCGAGUCCAGCCGUCGCCCAAGGUGUACCUGUACAUCCAGAUGCAGCUCUGUCGGAAAGAGAACCUGAAGGACUGGAUGGCUAAGCGCUGCCUCCCCGAGCAGAGGGAGCACAACCAGUGUCUGGACAUCUUCCUCCAGAUCGCAGAGGCCGUCGACUUCCUGCACAGCAAGGGCCUAAUGCACAGGGACCUCAAGCCCUCCAACAUCUUCUUCACGAUGGACGACGUGGUGAAGGUGGGAGACUUCGGCCUGGUGACGGCCAUGGACCAGGAGGAGGACGAGGACGAGCCGAGCGCCUUGACGCCCGCCCCACUCCUGACCCGGCACACGGGCCAGGUCGGCACCAAGCUGUACAUGAGCCCAGAGCAGCUCUCUGGAAACUCGUACUCUCACAAAGUGGACAUUUACUCUCUGGGUCUGAUCCUGUUUGAGCUCCUUUAUCCUUUCAGGACGCAGAUGGAGAGAGUGAGGACGCUGACAGAGGUGAGAGCGCUGCGCUUCCCAGAGUCCUUCUCCAAAAACAACGUUCAGGAGCUGAGCAUGGUGCGCAGCAUGCUGUCGUGGAGCCCCGGCGAGCGCCCCGAGGCGGCCGACAUCACGGGGACCCCCCUCUUCCAGGAGCUGGAGCCGCCAUUCCGGAUGGCCACGAGGCAGCGCUCCCACUACAGCGCCUCGUCCAUGAGCCGCCCUUCACGCCAGACGUCGUCUACCUGAAAAGCCCCCCAUAACGCAAUACACCCCCCCCCCCCUUUCACCCCCAUGUUGGUCUGCAGUUCAAGAGAAACGCCUCAGCCCCCCACGGCAUCACACACUGCCUCAGACAGAAUCACUUUAAACGCCACGUUGAACUCUGCACCCGUUCACUCUUCGUGGUUAAACGCCGUUACACCGUUAUGCUCCGACUUCACCUGCCAGCAAAAGAAUCUUUCACAAGCGAGCGGCGUCCCCUGUGAUGUUUCAGGACCAGACCCGGCUCAGUCUUUUUUUUGAACCGGGUCUGGUCCGGACACGCUCACUCGCUCGCUCGCUCGCUCGCCCCCUUCAUUCAUCCAGUGUUCACUCACCCACGCUACACCCUCAGGUAUCAAAACCAAGAGGACACUCCAAAGGGGCCUUUUGAUGCUUGAUCAUCCUAUCGACCAGUGACUCCUGCGGAUCACUGGUGCGAGCACUAUCCGGUGUUUUAACACCCAAUAUGCCUGAUUUGAGAGACCAAAAAAAAAAAAAAAAAAAAGAAGAAGACCAUCUUUUUUUCCUAUGUGUGUUUUUUUUAAACGAGAGAUGAUGAUGUAUUGAGGAGAGAGAGAGAGUUUAUGAAUCCAGUGAAUCAGAUAUGAUAUGCCUUUUUAGAAACGGGGCCUUUCCUCUGAAUGAAUGAAUGCCGAGCGCCUCCGUCUCUUCUGCAUGAACCCGACAGGAAGUGAAGCGACGAGUGUGACUUUGUUCUCUUUAAAGCCAGUACUUGGAAAGCGCGUGUACAUUUUUACACAAUAACUCUGUGGAGGUGCUCAAUCAUUUUCAAACACCUCCUCUUUGUACAUAAAUGAGGGAAAAAAUCUGUUUAUAUCUUCUUUUGUUUUUUAAGUGAGUUCAUGUACAUAGUGUAAGACGCCCAUUGCUUGUAAAAGGCUCUUUUUUUUUCCAACGACUGUAAGAUAGUGUGAAAUACUGUGGGGGGGGGGAGAGAGAGAGAGAGAGCUCUGCCAUUAACGGAUAGCUGAAUGUUACAGUGUGACCUCCAGAGACACAAUGAUGGUGGUGUCACCUCUUCUGGCUGUUUGAAAUUAUUCUCAGUGUUUGUUUUUCAUGUUCGGGGGGGAAGCGUUGGGUGUGCCCCCUUGCUUUAAGCACCAGAGAGAACGCCACAGGACCAGAGUGCCAUUUGAGGGUCGGAUAAGUGUACUUUUUUUUCUGUAACUGAUAACUCACCUCACACAUUUCUUGAUGAUGUUUCCAAGGAAGCGACACAAACCGCCCGCCGCCGUGAAGCAGGAGAAACUAGCAUUUAGUAAAGAAGAGGACACUAAUUAAUCCUCUCUGCAGGGGGGGGGGCCGGGCCUGAUGCUGGUUAUGUUAUUCCACAUGUACAUAAGAAGGUGCUGGGAGAGUGUAACCACACACACACACACACACACACUGCUAAUUGUAACGUGCUUUAAAAUGUACUGAUUGUACUUUUUCUAAAGGAUCUUUUUCUCUCUUUUUUAACAAGCGCAGUUUUUUUGGAUUAUCCUGCUGCAGAGUUUUUUGAUUACUGUAGAGUCUCGACUGUGUGUCCGAAGUGGAAUCGACAUCCGCUCAGAAGACGAGAAAGUCUCGGUGUAAAAAUUCUCUCUCCAGGCUGUUUGUCCCCUCCUCGUCUUACAGGAGGACACAUCCUCGUGUGUGAGGGGGGAGGAAGUCAAGCCACUAAUUGGGACAGAAGUCGUUUUUUUUUAAGUUUGUAAAAUGUAGGAAGAGGUGACUUAACGUCCCAAUGUUUAAAAGAAGUUCACUAAAGACGUGUGUUUGACGAAGUGGAAAGAGGAAACAAACGGUGUAAUAUGAACAUUUCCUUCCUGUCAUGUGAUCAAACAGUUUGUUUUUCAUCCCUUCUCCUCGAUGAUCGCUCAUGUCAACAUCACGCCCUCUUCUCGUUCUCUGAUGCCUCAGUCCCCGACAUGUAGUCGCGUGUUCUCGUGCACAAACCCCCCCCUCCACUCCCCCCCCCCUCCCCCCCUUGCGUCCACGUUGAAUUGUAAAUAUGUUUAUUUGCUUUAUUUAUGUUUCCACGAUGUGAUGAUCAAUCCUUUUUUUGGGUUGGUGUUAUUAUGAAUGCGCUUCAUGCGACUGGAGCGCGUUGGAAUAUGAUGACUUCUUACAAGUCUAAAUUUAAUAAACUGUUCUAUACCCUUU